ACGAGGCUCGGAGGGACACUCCGCGGAGGGAUUCGGUUUGUUGUGGUGAGGGGAGGGGGGAGACGCUGACAAACCAAGAUGGCGGCGGCGGCGGUGAAGGCCGCGGCGGUUGGGAGGUAACUGUGGUGGGGAAGGCUGAAGUAGUUGGGAGGCAGCGGCAGAGUUUGGAAGGAACGGAGCAGGACGAAGAGGCGGUAGCAGUAGCGCCAGCCUGAGCCUCCCAGAGCGCGGCAGCUACACGCCCCCCAAGGCCCUCGGCGGGCGGCGGCCACCCCGCUUAGGGCCUAGUCCCCGAGCAGUGCCUCGGCUUCAUACAGCGGCGUCCGCCAUGAGUCCUUAAGGGUGGUCCGAGCCCUCCAGUCUUAGGGCCCACCAUGGAGCCGGGGUCCGACGACUUCCUGCCGCCGCCGGAGUGCCCGGUGUUCGAGCCUAGCUGGGCCGAGUUCCGAGACCCUCUAGGCUACAUCGCGAAAAUCCGGCCCAUCGCCGAGAAGUCGGGCAUUUGCAAGAUCCGCCCACCCGCGGACUGGCAGCCACCCUUUGCUGUAGAAGUGGACAACUUCAGGUUUACUCCCCGAAUCCAGAGGCUGAAUGAACUAGAGGCCCAGACAAGAGUGAAGCUGAACUACUUGGACCAGAUUGCCAAAUUCUGGGAAAUCCAGGGCUCCUCCUUAAAGAUUCCCAAUGUAGAACGGCGGAUCUUAGACCUCUACAGCCUCAGUAAAAUCGUGGUGGAAGAAGGUGGCUAUGAAGCCAUCUGCAAAGAUCGUCGAUGGGCCCGGGUGGCCCAGCGCCUCAACUACCCACCAGGCAAAAACAUUGGCUCCCUGCUACGCUCCCACUAUGAACGCAUCGUUUACCCCUAUGAGAUGUACCAGUCUGGAGCCAACCUGGUGCAGUGCAACACACGUCCAUUUGAUAAUGAGGAAAAGGACAAGGAAUACAAACCCCACAGUAUCCCCCUUCGACAGUCUGUGCAGCCUUCCAAGUUCAAUAGCUAUGGCCGGCGGGCCAAGAGGCUGCAGCCUGAUCCGGAACCCACAGAGGAAGACAUUGAAAAGAAUCCGGAGCUGAAGAAGUUACAGAUCUAUGGGGCAGGCCCCAAGAUGAUGGGCCUGGGCCUCAUGGCCAAGGAUAAGACCCUGCGGAAGAAAGAUAAGGAAGGGCCUGAGUGUCCCCCCACCGUAGUGGUGAAGGAGGAGUCAGGCGGGGAUGUGAAGGUGGAGUCAACCUCACCUAAGACCUUCCUGGAGAGCAAGGAGGAGCUGAGUCACAGCCCAGAGCCCUGCACCAAGAUGACCAUGAGACUGCGGAGGAACCACAGCAAUGCCCAGUUUAUCGAGUCCUAUGUGUGCCGGAUGUGUUCCCGAGGGGAUGAGGAUGACAAGCUUCUGCUGUGUGAUGGCUGUGAUGACAACUACCACAUCUUCUGCCUGCUGCCACCUCUGCCUGAGAUUCCCAAGGGUGUCUGGCGGUGCCCAAAGUGUGUCAUGGCGGAGUGUAAGCGCCCCCCUGAAGCCUUUGGCUUUGAGCAGGCUACCCGGGAAUACACUCUACAGAGCUUUGGCGAGAUGGCUGACUCCUUUAAAGCCGAUUACUUCAACAUGCCCGUGCACAUGGUGCCUACAGAACUCGUGGAGAAGGAGUUCUGGCGGCUGGUGAACAGCAUUGAGGAAGAUGUGACUGUUGAGUAUGGGGCUGACAUCCAUUCCAAAGAAUUUGGCAGCGGUUUCCCUGUCAGUGACAGUAAGCGGCACCUAACCCCUGAGGAGGAGGAGUAUGCCACCAGUGGUUGGAACCUGAAUGUGAUGCCAGUGUUGGAGCAGUCCGUACUGUGCCAUAUCAAUGCGGAUAUUUCCGGCAUGAAGGUGCCCUGGCUCUAUGUGGGCAUGGUCUUCUCAGCCUUUUGCUGGCAUAUUGAGGAUCACUGGAGUUACUCCAUUAACUACCUCCAUUGGGGUGAGCCGAAGACCUGGUAUGGGGUACCCUCCCUUGCGGCAGAACAUUUGGAAGAGGUGAUGAAGAAGCUGACACCUGAGCUCUUUGAUAGCCAGCCUGACCUCCUGCACCAACUUGUCACCCUAAUGAAUCCCAACACCCUCAUGUCCCAUGGUGUGCCGGUUGUCCGCACAAACCAGUGUGCAGGAGAAUUCGUCAUUACCUUCCCUCGCGCUUACCACAGUGGCUUCAACCAAGGCUACAACUUUGCAGAGGCUGUCAACUUUUGCACUGCUGACUGGUUGCCGGCUGGGCGCCAGUGCAUUGAGCACUACCGCCGGCUCCGAAGAUACUGCGUCUUCUCCCAUGAGGAGCUCAUCUGUAAGAUGGCUGCCUGCCCAGAGAAGCUGGACCUGAACCUGGCAGCAGCUGUGCAUAAGGAGAUGUUCAUCAUGGUGCAGGAGGAACGGCGUCUGCGAAAGGCCCUGCUUGAGAAGGGCAUCACGGAAGCUGAGCGAGAGGCUUUUGAGCUGCUCCCAGAUGAUGAGCGCCAGUGCAUCAAGUGCAAGACCACGUGCUUCCUAUCAGCCCUGGCCUGCUAUGACUGCCCAGACGGCCUUGUCUGCCUUUCCCACAUCAAUGACCUCUGCAAGUGCUCCAGUAGCCGGCAGUACCUGCGGUAUCGAUACACCUUGGAUGAGCUCCCUGCCAUGCUGCAUAAGCUGAAGGUUCGGGCCGAGUCCUUUGACACCUGGGCCAACAAAGUUCGAGUGGCCCUGGAGGUGGAGGAUGGGCGGAAGCGCAGCCUUGAAGAGCUGAGGGCGCUAGAGUCUGAGGCCCGUGAGCGGAGGUUCCCAAACAGUGAGCUGCUGCAGCGACUAAAGAACUGCCUGAGCGAGGCGGAGGCUUGCGUGUCCCGGGCUCUGGGACUCGUCAGCGGCCAGGAAGCUGGCCCCCACAGGGUGGCUGGUCUACAGAUGACCCUGGCUGAGCUCCGGGCCUUUCUGGACCAGAUGAACAACCUGCCUUGUGCCAUGCACCAGAUUGGGGAUGUCAAGGGUAUUCUGGAACAGGUGGAGGCCUACCAGGCUGAGGCCCGUGAGGCCCUGGCCUCACUGCCCUCCAGUCCAGGGCUACUGCAGUCCCUGUUGGAGAGGGGGCAGCAGCUGGGGGUGGAGGUGCCUGAGGCCCAGCAGCUCCAGCGGCAGGUGGAACAGGCGCGAUGGCUGGAUGAGGUGAAGCGAACGCUGGCCCCCUCAGCCCGAAGGGGCACCCUGGCUGUCAUGCGGGGACUGUUGGUCGCGGGUGCUAGCGUCGCCCCUAGCCCUGCUGUCGAUAAGGCCCGGGCUGAGCUGCAGGAGCUGCUGACCAUUGCGGAACGCUGGGAGGAGAAAGCCCACCUCUGCCUGGAGGCCAGGCAGAAGCAUCCACCAGCCACGCUCGAGGCCAUAAUCCACGAGGCAGAAAACAUCCCUGUUCACCUGCCCAACAUCCAGGCUCUCAAGGAGGCUCUUGCUAAGGCCCGGGCCUGGAUCGCUGAUGUGGACGAGAUUCAGAAUGGCGACCACUACCCCUGCUUGGAUGACUUAGAGGGCCUGGUGGCUGUGGGCCGGGACCUACCUGUGGGGUUGGAGGAGCUGAGACAGCUAGAGCUACAGGUGCUGACAGCGCACUCCUGGAGGGAGAAGGCCUCCAAGACCUUCCUCAAGAAGAACUCUUGCUACACACUGCUGGAGGUGCUCUGCCCGUGUGCAGACGCCGGCUCGGACAGCACUAAACGCAGCCGGUGGAUGGAGAAGGAGCUGGGGUUGUACAAAUCUGACACGGAGCUGCUGGGACUGUCCGCACAGGACCUCAGGGACCCAGGCUCUGUGAUCGUGGCCUUCAAGGAGGGGGAGCAGAAGGAGAAGGAGGGUAUCCUGCAGCUGCGUCGCGCCAACUCCGCCAAGCCCAGUCCACUGGCAUCGUCGGCCACGGCUUCCUCUGCACCCUCUGUCUGUGUGUGUGGGCAGGUGCCGGCUGGGGCGGGAGCGCUGCAGUGUGACCUGUGUCAGGACUGGUUCCAUGGGCGAUGUGUGUCGGUACCCCGCCUCCUCAGCUCCCCGAGGCCUAGUCCCACCGCGUCCCCACUGCUGGCCUGGUGGGAGUGGGACACCAAAUUCUUGUGUCCGCUGUGCAUGCGCUCACGGCGCCCGCGCCUGGAGACCAUCCUGGCACUGCUGGUGGCCCUGCAGAGACUGCCCGUGCGGCUGCCUGAGGGCGAGGCCCUGCAGUGUCUCACAGAGAGGGCCAUCAGCUGGCAAGGCCGUGCCAGGCAGGCUUUGGCCUCUGAGGACGUGACUGCUCUGUUGGGACGGCUGGCUGAGCUUCGCCAGCGGCUGCAGGCUGAGCCCAAGCCUGAGGAACCCCCUACCUACCCUUCAGCCCCUGCCUCUGACCCUCUCAGAGAAGGCAGUGGCAAGGAUAUGCCCAAGGUCCCGGGCUUGCUGGAGAACGGAGACAGUGUGACCAGCCCUGAGAAGGUAGCCCCGGGGGAGGGCUCAGGUAAGAGAGACCUGGAGCUGCUGUCGUCGCUGUUGCCACAGUUGACUGGCCCCGCGUUAGAGCUGCCUGAGGCCACCCGGGCCCCUCUGGAGGAGCUCAUGUUAGAAGGGGACCUGCUUGAGGUGACCCUGGAUGAGAACCACAGCAUCUGGCAGCUACUGCGGGCUGGGCAGCCUCCAGACAUGGAGCGGAUCCGCACACUUCUGGAGCUGGAGAAGGCAGAGCGCCAUGGGAGCCGGGCACGGGGCCGGGCAUUGGAGAGGCGGCGACGGCGGAAGGUGGAUCGGGGUGGGGAGGGCGAUGACCCAGCCCGAGAGGAGCUAGAGCCAAAGAGGGUACGGAGCUCAGGGCCAGAGGCCGAGGAGGCCCAGGAGGAGGAGGAGCUGGAGGAGGAGACUGGGGGUGAGGGCCCCCCCCAACCCCUGCCCACCACUGGCAGCCCCAGCACCCAGGAGAACCAGAAUGGCUUGGAGCCGGCGCUAGGGGCCACUUCAGGCCCCACGGCCCCUUUCUCUACUCUGACUCCUCGGCUGCAUGUGCCCUGCCCGCAGCAGCCGCCUCAGCAACAGUUGUGACAGUGGCUGAGCCUAGCACAGAUCCCCCACAGAGACCCCCCCCCCCCUUGGCCUCAAGGAUCCUCUGACCAUCAAGCCUGCUUCUUGGGAGGUGGGCAAGAAGGGGGGAUGGCCACCCCCCUCCCCCCCGAGCCCACUCCCGAGUCCCUUGACUUUUAUAUUCUGACUCCAAGGUAUUGUUCAGACCUCAGCUCCUGGGGGCCGGCCCCUGGAGUCCCCCUCCCUGGUAGCCUCUAACCAGCAUUCCCAGACACCUGAGGCAGAUAGACAGAUGGAUGGGCAGGUGGGCAGGGGGGUGGCUGGGGCUGGGCCAGCACCAUUCCAGAGACAAGGCCAGUGCGUAUGCAAACUGGGGGAAAACUCCUCUCCCUUCUCUCCCCAGUUCUGGUCCUGGCCAGGCCAUGCUACACUAACCUCACCUCCCUCUCACUCUUUCUCCUCCCUCCCCUUUCCUGCCUCUCCCUCCCAUCCCCCCCACCCCCACCCUACUUUCUCCGCCCCCCCCCUCCCCUGACUGUUCCACCCAGGAGGAGGAAACUUCACAUAGCUGUGCUCACAGUUUUUUAUUUUAAAUGAAUUUGGUUGGGGAGCUGAGCAGGCUCCUUAUGAUCUGAAGAAAGCUUUUGGUGCUUGUCCUCAAAACCACCUUGACCUUCUCCCCCUGUCCUGCCCUGUCUCCUUUCCUCCUCCUGGGUUCAUGUUGUAAUAAAAGAAGAUCGUUGGUGUGUAAUUAAUUUGUUCAAAAAAAAAAAAAAAAGAAACUUGGUUCCAACUGAAGCCUAUUUUAAUUUUAUUUUAUUAUUUUCCUCUUGUUAGAAAUAAAACCCUUAGCAACAUUUUUUGGAAAUAUGUUUCUGAAGUGCAUUUCUCU